AUGGGCCUCUUCGCUUCGAAGCCCGCGCCCUACGCCGACGGCGAGACGUCCAUCACCAUCGUCGGCGCCGGCCUCGUCGGCAGCCUGCUCGCGGUGGUGCUGCGGAGCAAGGGCUACGACGUGCGCAUCUUCGAGCGCUACGGCGACAUCCGCGCCAUCCCGAGCGUCGGCCGGUCCAUCAACCUCGUCGCGACGGUGCGGGGCUUGCGGGCGCUGCGCGCGCUUCCGCCGGACGUCUGCGAGAGGCUCCUACAACUCGGCACCAAGGUCACGGGCCGCGUCAUCCACACGACGGACGGCGAGGCCUUGUUCCAGCGCUACGGCAAGGACGACAGCGAGUUCAACUACAGCAUCUCGCGCUACGAGCUCAACAAGUUCCUCCUCUCGGAGGCGGAGCGGGCGGGCGCGGAGAUCCGCUUCGGCCACCGGCUCGUCGGCGUGGACCCGGAGGGCGUCACGCUGACCUUCGACAAGGGCGACGGCGCCUUCGACGUGACGUGCCUCGGCCCCGUGCUCGCCUGCGACGGCGGCGGCAGCGGCGUGCGGAAGGCGCUCGGCGACGUCGCGACGGAGGCGCUCCUCGACAGCGGCUACAAGGAGAUGCUCUUCCCCAAGGGCACGUCCCUGGAGACGCACGGCCUCCACAUCUGGCCCCGGGGCACGCACUUCCUCAUGGCCCUCGCGAACCUCGACGGGUCCUUCACGGGGACGAUCUACAUGGUCAACGAGGGCGACGGCGCGACGUUCGCGAGUUUGGAAAACGGCGGCGUCGAGGCCGCGGAGAAGUUCCUCGAGGAGGCGUACGGGGACGCGCUCGCGCACCUCGGCGGCGCGAAGCGCGCCGCGGAGCAGCUCGUGAAGAACCCGCGGGGCAUUUUAGGCACCGUGCGGACGAAGACGUGGGCGUUCGGGGGCAAAUUGGCGCUCGUCGGCGACGCGGCGCACGCGAUCGUGCCCUUCUUCGGCCAGGGCAUGAACUGCGGCUUCGAGGACGUCGACGUGCUCUGCGCGCUGCUCGAGGCCAAGGCGCCGCCGGGGUCGGCGGCCCCGGAUUUCGCGGGCGCGUUCGCGGAGUACGAGGCAAAACGCAAGCGAAACGCGAACGCGAUCGCGGACAUGGCGCUGGAGAACUACGUCGAGAUGAUGGACCGGACGGGGGACCCGGACUUCCGCAAGGCCAAGGCCGUCGAGAACGCGCUCGAGAACUCGGCGCUCGGGUCGCGGUUCCGGAGCCGCUACGCGAUGGUCUGCUACGGCGGCGGCCGCCAGCCGGGCGGCGUCCAGUACGACGACGCGCUCCAGCUCGGCAAGGUCCAGUGGGACAUCGUCUGCGAGCUCGCGGCGGGUUUGGAUGAUCCGGAAAACGCCGCGGAGCACCUCGACGAGGCCAAGGCCGCGGCGCUCCUCGACUCGAAGCUCGCGCCGCUCCAGGCCGAGCUCGGCGUCGACCUGUCGACGAUCUCGCACCACGCCUAG